AUGUGGGUAUUACGUAGCCCGUCCGACAUGCUGGAUAUUGAGCAUAUGGACGUUUCUACAUUGAUUUCGGCCUUAGUUGGAAUUUUCGUUAUUAUGGUUUCUUCGAUACUCUACUUCACUCGCAAAGAAAGCCAGAAACUGAAAGGAAAAGAUACAAUACUGGAGGAAGAAGAGGAGGAAGCAGCUGGUGACGCUCCGCACUUUGGAGGCACCAAAAAAGUCAUCAAAACCAGAAAGAAUGACCAGUGGAAGUUGAAGGUAUGGCCUGACUGGUAG